UAAAUAUGUGACAUCUACCGCCUUAAAAGUGCAGCAAGUCAAUACUUGGACAAUGGAUCACAUGCCUUUAAUCUAACUUUUAAAAUACGAUAUAUUCCUGCGUAACAAAAUGAUUUUGGCGGGCUUUCUUCCCUUUGGAAUUUUUGAAUUUAGACUUCAAGCAUCAGGAAACUCUUCACUUCGCCUAGAAUCACUUACACUAAUUAAAGGAGAUGAGCAGCUGCGAAGAUGAUAGUAAAAUUAGCAGACCCAGAAGCAUACUAAAAUAUAAGCCAGAAGUAAAUAGCAUAUACUAUACCUCAACAGGGGUAACAGCGACGUUGCCAGAUUCUUCAAGACCACAGACACAUUCGUGGUUAACCCGAUUACAGAAAAAGAUAAACCCCAAUUCUUUUGGACGUAACGAUGACAAUGAAAGAGACAGCAAUAGCAGUAGCCCAUCAUUAAUACCGAAGCAAAAACUGAAAAGAGUAUCAUUUUCAGUCAGUCAGCUUGUGACCGAACAUACCUUUUCUUCAACUGAUUAUAAUGAUAUACCAGCAACAAUAGAUACAGAUAUUGAAGAAGAUAAAGAUAACGUCGAAAAAGAUGAUACUAAUAGAAAUACCAUCAUUGCCCCUGGUAACAAGAAGAAGAAACAUAUGCCAGUAUCCAGCAAAACAAAAGCGAAAGGCACCCAAGUGUUAAAAGCAACUGAAUUAGCAACCUACUACGAACAAGCUUGCAUACAGCAAGAGGAAAGUUGCAUUGAUCGGUUUCGCAACAUUUUGAAAGCAAGCCGAACAGAAGAGUUACCCAUAAUAGAUUUGUCUAGACAACUAAUUACACGAGGACAAACUGGACCAAUAUCUGAUGUCUUAUUAUUGAACUUUGGAUUGACAUGUUUAAAUCUAUCCAGCUGUGGACUGAGUGCCGAGUCUUUACAUAGUAUAUUAUGUAGCUUAUUAGUUAGUAAUACUAUUAAGAAAUUGAACCUUUCGAAGAAUAAUUUCAAAUCAAAAGGCUUGAAGUUUAUUGCAAUAUUCAUCAAGGAGUCAAAAACGAUAGAAGAUUUAGAUCUUUCACAGUGUCCAAUUGACAAGAGAGGGAUGGAAUAUCUUGGACAGGGAUUGAAACACGCCACUUCAUUGUCAGUAUUAGCUUUAAACAUGUGCAUUUUGAAAUUACCGCAAGAAACGUAUGCAGUCCUCUCAGAAGCAGUUUAUAAUGCCAAAUCAUUGCAAUAUCUUUCAGUACAGGAUCAUCAUUUUGUAUUUGUCCAAUAUAGCUGGAUAGCCAAUCUCAUUGCCAAUAAGGAUAAUUUCAAGGGUCUUAAAGAGUUGGAUCUUUCAGGCAGUGUAAUUGAAGCUAUGAUGGCUCCGUUUGCUUCAAAGUUACGGCAUAAUAAGGAAUUACGAAGCUUAAAGUUGUCUCGCUGUAAAAUCACAUUCAAGGGUCUAUCCGUCCUCUCUGAAGCAAUAGCAGAUAAUGCUUGUUUAGAAGAACUUGACUUAUCAAAGAAUCCACUAGGUGAAGGAACAGAUGAAGGUGUAAAGUCACUCAUACGAGAAAUCGCGACGUUAUUGGCUUUAAAGACGGCCUUAGCGCAAAACAGAUCUCUACAGGAUUUAAACUUAUCAGAAACUAAUUUGGAUUCUACUUCGGCCAUUGCACUUGCUGAAGCAUUGCCCGAAAACACAACGCUGUCUAGACUCGAUUUAUCAAAAAAUCCCAUUGAGAUGGCGGGUAUUUUAGCUUUGUCCAUAUCAAUCAAAUUGAAUCAUAGUUUGACCUUUCUUGAUAUCAAUAUUCCGCCUUUAGAUGAGGAUCUGGCAAAUUUGCAGAACGAUAUAGUGGCAGUCUGCACCACAAACAUACUUAAGAAAGUAGAAGCACAAAAUCGGCUUGAAAAGCAGGCAUAUGCAGACGUUGAAGCGUCGACAGCAGGACGUGAACCCAUACGAAGGGUAGAUGGAUUUGCAGAAUCGAAUACUACAAUUUCAACUUCUUCAUCAUUGUCAUCGUCAUCUACAUCGACAACAGCUUCUGCUUUGAAUAAUACACCUGUAAACCAUGUACUACAAAAAUUGCAUACCUCCUCCUCAUUAACGAAAGCGCCGCAUACAAACAAAAUCGUCACUGCACCAGCAGCAGUAGCAGCAGCAGCAGCACCUACAUCACAACAUGAACGGCAACCCGAUGCCAUCGAUACCGAUGACUCUUCUAUCACUGUUAAUACAAUCACAAUUACAAAUGUCGCAUCAGCCAGUUCGUCUAAUAAUAAUAAUAAAUCUUCUACUUUUAUCGUUUCUGCAUAAUUAUUAUUUGUAUUCAUUAAUUCUGCUCAUUAUAAUAAAUAAUACCUUUUGAUACGGCA